UUUGGUUGGCCGGUGAUAGAUGGUCGUGUUUACGAAUUACGACACAUUGAUCUUGUGGUUCGUGUAUCUAAUCCGAUUCUCCGACAGCGGCUAUUAAACAAGGGGGAGCAUGUUCCGCUUCGACGAUCGCAGAGGUUAGCCUAACACCAUGCAUGCAUCCACGGGAGAUUAUGCGCAUGUGUCUCGGCUCCCAGCCACACAUGCCGUGUUCCAGCGAGGCCGGCCGCACGACGCGCGCGACGACGACAUGCCCGGCCGCCGUGGCGCGCGCACGUAUAUGACAGCCAUGAGAGCUCUUCUCCUGCUACCAUCAGUCUAGCUAUCAGCGUUCAGAGCAGCAGCAUUUCUUGCAUUGCAUCCCUUUCCUCAGGCGUUAAAGCCAGCCAAGAAACAUGCGAGGCCCUAGCAGCGCGAGCAAAGGCGCCAUGGCGUUCAAGCGAGACCUGCUCAAGAACCUGCUCCUGGGCCUCCGGGCGCGCGCGGAUGCGUGCUCCUUCGACGCCAUGAGCAUCCAGGAGCGGAGGCGCGCCGUCAAGUGCUCCGCCGACGUGGCCAUGGCGGCGGCGCGCGGCGCGGCGGGCGGCGGCGGACGCGCGAGGUGGCCCAAGGCCAUCCUGGCGGCGGCGGGGGCGGCGGGUGCAGUCUCUUCCGGCAGCAGCAGCCCCGGCGCUUGCAAGGCGAGGAGGAGUAGGUGCAGGAGGGUGGUGAGGAGGUGCGUCGGCGCGAAGAGGAUGAGGAGAGGGUGCUGCGCUGCUGCUGGUAGUAGUGCGGCGGCGGCGGCGGUGACGAGCAGCGACGUCGCGAGGAGGCUGGUGAGGAGGAGGACCAUGGCGCUCAGGAAGGUGAUUCCCGGAGGGAGCGGCGCCAGGGACGAGGCCGCGCUGCUCCGUGAGGCCAUGGACUACGUCGUCCACCUGCGCGCCCAGGUCGACGUGCUCCGCCGCGUCUCGGCGGCCGUGCAGAGAGCCAGAGAUCCACCUCCCUCCGGGAUCCUGCUCAAAGUAUGGGAGAAUCAUAUAGUGAUUCCUGCUUCAUCAGAAGAUGGAGAAGAAAUGUGCAUUUCAAAAAAGAUCAUGGCCUGAUGGUGAUCUGACGGUGAUCAGAAGGCAGAUCUCUGGGCUCGUGCUAGUGGUCAAAAACUGAUCAGGAGCUUGCCUUGCUUCAUUAUUGGGAGAUGAGUGUGGGGACUUUGUAAGGUAGCUAGCUAGACAGCUACUGUUGUACGUGGAGGAAAGAGACAUGCUAUUGUAGAUCAACAGAGGAAUGGGCGCCAAUUUAAGGGGUGUUUGGAUC